AUGUCUGACCGAGAGUAUUCCACCGAAGAGGGAGUAGUCAAAGAUGAACUUUAUGAAGAACUUGUGAAACAUGGAGAUGAAGAAUAUGAUCCAUCAAAAGAUGAAAGUGCUCCUGAAGAACCAAUUCCGGACCGGGCCACGCCACCCGAUUUGCGCCCUUCAACAAUUGAAAAAGGAGAGACCGGGGGACUUUAUGAAGAGGACGAAUCAUUCGAAUCGGGUCCAACUUUGACUGAAGGCGAUGAGGACAAUGUGGAUCCUUCAAGGAAACUGUAUGUGUGCUGCGCCGGUAGAACCCCUGAGGCCAAAAGAGAAAGUGCUGAAAAAGCCUCUGCAUUGCAUGAAAAAAUCACUGGCAGCCCAUUGGAGAUAGAUGAAG